UCCUUUGUACAGUGUUUUACGAGAUUUUGCGAGAAUCUUUAAAAUAGUAGCAGAAACAAUAUGGCGAUGACAGAACAAGUUCCGCUUCAAGUCUUCAUAUAUUUAGGAAUUAUAUUAUUUUCUCUUGUGGAUUUUAUAAAAACCGAAGAUGUUCCCUACACAUUGCUCAAUGAACCGUCCAAUUUUAACCCUGUGAUAAGUUUUGAUGGACAUUAUAUAAACAAACGACAGGCCCCAUCUCCAUCUACAACAUCUCCUGGUACUACAUCAGGUCCUGGAACACAAAGUACACAAUCUACAUCAACAUUAAGUACAAUAGAUAUAAAGGAUCAAGGUUCACAUAAAUACUAUACCUCAAAAGUUGUACUAAGUGACAAAUAUUGGGAUGAACUAAAUGAUUUACCUGCACAACAUGCUUCAUUAACAAAUGGUCAUAGAAUUGCUGUGACAGUUGGUUUAACAUUUGGUUUUCCUUUUUAUGGCCACACAGUAAAAAAGGUUACCAUAGCAACAGGAGGUUUUCUGUAUAUGAGUCCAUUUUUACACUCCUGGUUAACAGCAACACAGUAUAUAGCUCCACUGAUGGCUAAUUUUGAUACAACAAUUGGAAAUGGUUCAGACAUUUUAUAUAAAGAUUACACUGAUCGUUUUGUUGUGGAAUGGCGAGAUGUUUACCUUCAAGAUCAGAAUCACACAAACCCAUUCAGUUUCCAGACCACAUUACAUAAAAAUGGCAGUAUAGUUUUUGGUUAUAGACAAGUACCACUAGAUGUAACAGAAAUAAUAACCGCCAAUCACCCAGUAAAGAUAGGUGUUUCUGAUGCAUUCUAUGUGGAUGCUACAGUUAAUGUUGAAAAGAAUGAAACUGAAUAUAAAUAUUCUGAGUUAGAAGGUAUAACACGGAGAACUAUUUAUGAAUACCACAGAGUAGAAGUGAACUUGACGUUAAUUGAGGAAAAUACAGUUGUUCUACUGGAACCAUUAUUAACCUGUAACGUAGCGAGUAAUUGUGAGACGUGUAUACAACAGAAUGCUAACUUUGAAUGUAAAUGGUGCUCUGCCAUUAGUCGAUGUUCUGAUGGUAUAGAUUGGCACAGACAAGAAUGGUUGAAAGCUGGCUGCACAUCUUUAGCACAUGACACUGUUAGUCGCUGUAAUGAAACUUAUACUACCACCAAGAAACCUACUGAUACAACCUGUGACCCAAUGAUCAGCAGUGGAAAAGGAAGUUGUAGUGAAAUGCAGAGACAAAAAAAUACACAACAAGCAGUUGGCGGGAUUAUAGGAAUAGUUUUAGUAUUACUGAUAUUAAUAGUAGCUAUUGUUGGUUGGUUUGUUUAUGCCUAUAGAAAUCCGACAUCUGCUUCAGGAAUGUGGCUAAUGGAGCAUCGACCAAGUGUGAUGAAACAGAAAAUAGCCAACAUGAAAUUCUGGAAAAGAACAACAGAGACGGGAGAUAAAUAUAAAAUAGAAUCAUCAGCAUCCGAAGCCUAACUAAAUCCAUAGAACAUGUAGAAUGCCUUAUGAACCACCGACUGCACUGCAAUCAUUGUAAACUUGUCUGAAGGUUAAAGUUACUGAAUGCAAUAGAUGUAAAACUGAAAACUAUUUUGUCUCAAAGUUAAGUUACUCUACUAGAUGAAGUGUAUACAAAAGAUUUUAAGCUUAAUCAAAGGUCAUUUUGUAGUAUGGGUGCAUAUUCUUGUUUCUAGUAUUCAUUUAAAGAAUAGGAAUAUCUAAGUUUUUUGAAGGUUUCAUUAUAUAUAACAAACCCUUUCCUCUCAUUUUAUAUUACCCAUUUUUCUGCAGCUUUAAAUUUAACCAAAAAUAAGAAUGUUCAAUUAGUAAUGUAAAAUAAAUAAUCUUAUUCCAAGAAAAUGUUGUCAGGAAUUUUUCCUACCAAUUUUUACAGAAAAUGGGAUACAACUCUGUCUUAAAAUCUUUAAUUCUGACAGCAAUAAAAAGGCCCAAUGCAUCAUAUUUAUAUUCACAUUUUUUCCCCACAGUUUUUAUGAAUUCUCAAAGAUAUAUGCACAGCCCCAAUUACCAUUAAACUAAUGAUAAUUUGAAACAAGCGAACACUUGAAUAAUUGCAAUCAUAGUUGGUCAAAUUUUUUGUCAGAUUAUGCCUGAUCCCAGAGACAUUUCUAAUGACAUUUUUUGUACCCUAUGAUCAACAGGGAUUUAAUAUACAAUGAACAGUUUUGAUUUAACUGUGUUGACAUUUUUCUGAAGGUGGGGGGG